AUGUCAACACCGUCACAAUUUUCACCAAACCAAACAUCCAACUUUGAUGAUCUCGACCUUGUUGGUAACAGAAACUAUCCUGAUGGAGAAUUCAUAAUGUAUGAUGACAAUCAAUCGUUCCUAGUCGGCGGGUCAUUCGGCGGGCCAGAUUUCGAUUUACAUGGAUAUGGCCACUGGUCCACUGUUUUGGUUAUAGCCAUAAUAGGCACCAUUGGCAACAUCCUGCAGUUCAUAAUGAUGAGCGACUCCAAGUUAUCCCCCCUCUCCUACAGCGUUUACCUGAAAUUACUCUCUGUGUCUGACAGUCUCGUCCUAAACAACGCUAUAGCUCAACAGACUGAGUACUAUUUUAAACUGACGAAGGUUCCUGACAUCAACGACGUCCUCUGUAGAAUUGUCACCAGCUACGAGGUCUUCACAAUGUUGCUGUCGCCAUGGUUGAUGGUAGGACUUACUCUCGACAGAUUCGUAUGUGUCUGUUUUCCGUUGACGCGGGGAAGAUUUUGUACGAAGAAGAAAGCAGUUGUUGUCUGUUCAUGUCUGAUUGGUGGAACCAUCCUGUUAAGUUUACCCACUUUGAGUCUCAUGGAAAUGCGGAAUUACGGAUGUAGAGAGUCCGAUCUGUUACUCCGUUAUUCCCUGUUUCUCCGUCUGAUAAUGUCACCACUGCUACCCUGUGUCAUCAUACUUCUCCUCAACAUCGGCAUCAUAUCUCGCAUCAAACGCAGCAACGAGUUUCGGAAAACCUUCACGAGACACACGAAAGAGUCUACGAAAGAUAAUUCAACACGCCCUCUGGUGUUAGUCUCGGUACUGGCCUUCGUGACUUUGCUGCCCAUCUCGAUUUCAGGAUCGAUCUCUCAGCUGUUCUACCUUCUGGUAGCAGACCCAGAACCUGGGUUCCUAGUCUCCGGAUUGUGGCCAGCGUUCCACAUAAUCUUCUUGCUAAAUUUCGGACAUAACUUUUUCAUCUUGAUGGCAAGUUCACGAAAGUAUCGACAGAUUAUGAAGAGAAAACUUGUAUGCUUUUCUAAGAAGGUGGGACGAACACGCCAGAAUUUACCAGCUCUACAAUCUGUUGGAUCCGCACAAACUACGGAUGCUGUUUCAAUGGCAAUAUUUAUUUCUAGUACCGCAUGUUCAGAAGUGUCAGUACCCUAG